AAAAGAGUAUCGACCAUACAUUCAUGGAAUGAUAUUAAGACAUUGGGAUAUUGUGACUGAAGGCAACAUAAAACAUUGUAAAUAAAAUUCUAGAUUGACAUUCGACCGUAAUCUUACAAUCUUCAAAUUUGUUUCUUGGCUCCUGAAAAACAAGUUUAUUGAGUUUUCCCCCAGAAGAUAUUACAGAUUUAUGACGCGAGAUGAGUCGAUAGUGUGUGAUUAGAUGUUACUGAACCGAAAACGGAAAAAAAUAAACGCAGAAGAAAUCGUAAGUCGUGGUAUGAGAACAUGUUGUGAAUAAAAUGAUGAAUUAUGGAGUUUAGAUAUUGUUUGGUUUGGAUGGUUGCUGUAGGGCUGUCAAAGUCUUGGACAAAAGGAAAUCUCGGACCCGAAGGAUGUGAAGAUGGUUGGCACCAUUUCAAGGACUUUUGCUACUUGGCUGUGGACGCGCAUAUUCACUUUGAUUCGGCCAAAGCUAUAUGUUUGCUCAAAGGAAGCACAUUGACGUCACUGUGGGGACAAGAUGAGAUAGCCUUUGUUACACGUCUGCUGCAAAAUUUACAUGUUAUCAGUCCGUACACAUGGAUUGGUACGGGUGUUGUUAGAAACAAGUGGGUGUGGCUAGACGGAUCUGGAAGUCUGGAGACUUUAUUUGAAGAUACGUCAUUACCGGAAGUAUCUAAAGAAAUGUGUGGUUAUUUAACAGUUGAUGGUUUGUUAAAGUUUAUGGACUGUGAUUAUACAACGCCGGUGUUCAUCUGCAAGAAACCUCUCGACAUGAUUUAUGUACCAAGUUCAGUGAACAUCACCAAAAGCGGCAUAACUCUUCCUGCCAAAGACCCGGAUGAAAUCAUUUUUGAGCGUCUAUGGCCGCCAUUUUUAGAUCGAGUAAUUUUGAAUAUGACGUCAUCGAAUUACAUAGCGACGAUAGAAGUUGCGCAAGCAACCGACUGCGCAUACCGCUGUUACAAUAUAGACGAAUGUCGAGCUUUUGCAGUCACGUGUAAAUCGGCUAAAAGAUGUGGCAUACGCUACUGCAUUCUCCUGGCAGGGCUCGAUGUAAGAUGAGUAAAUACAGAAAAGGCAGACGAAACUUCCGUCCAAAAUGUUAUCAGAACAAUGCACAACCCUCGACCGAUCCAAUAUAAUUAUUAUUGGUUUUGUGCCCUAACUUGGUUUCUUAAAACCGUACAAAUUCCUCUAUACAUAGUUUGUUGCAUCAUAUGCUAUCUUUUUCAUUCCAUCUGAGAUUUGUUUUUUUUUUUACUAAUGCACAUUGUAUA